GAGAGCCGGGCUGCGUUUGCGCCUUCUGUCUGAUAAUAUAUCAGUUCGUAGCGGACCGGUGCUACGUACGCUCUGUCUACGCGAUAUUUGCCGCUUUACAUUUUUCGUUUAACAAACUAACGAUUUUCGAUGUCUUAAAAUUUUAUUAACAUCAAAUAAUUUUCGUGAAACUCUCGUUGAUAGAUUUAUUUUUGUGAUUAUUUUCUACUUAUGGGAGAAGUUAAAAAAGUAAACGGCAUCCCAGACAUAAUGAGAAAGUGUUUUAAAAUGGGGAUUUUCAAAAUUAUACCCAGUCAAGUGUCGAGCAAAGAGAAGGCGAGACCGUCGACGCCCGAAGAGGAGCCAGACGCGGUCGCCUCUAUUAUUGGCAACUAUGGUCGCUGGCAGUUGCUAAUCACCUUUCUGUUGUCGCUGUUCUCAUUCCCGUGCACAUUCCACAUUUAUUUACCCACAUUCACGGCGAGAGCUACAAACUUCUGGUGCCGGAUGCCAGAAAACUUCUCAAGUUUGCCUCUAACGGAGUGGAUCAAUUACAGCCAGCCUGUAGACGCGUGUAGCGUUCGAGUUAUACCACCCGGAGUGACAGUGGAGAGCAUUUUGAACCACACCGCUCCAGUAAUAAACUCCUUUGUGGAAUGUACGGCGUGGGACUACGAUAGGUCGGAAGUCGGGGACACCAUCAUAUCGGAAUGGAAUCUGGUGUGCGACCGAGCGAGCCUUACGAGUCUCGCAGAAGUGGUGUUUUUGAUCGGCGUUGGCGUCGGUGGCGUUGUUGGUGGAUGGAUCUCGGAUAAGUUCGGCCGCAAGCGCAUUCUCAUGUACAUGCUGGUGACACAGAGCGCUCUGGCCAUACUCUCGCUGCUGGUGCGAUCGUACCUGCAAUAUGUCAUAGUGCGCCUCGUCAUGGGCUUGGUGUCAGUCUCCGUGGUGUACGCAGCCUUCGUGCUGUCAGUGGAGUUGGUUGGCGGGAAAUGGGUCACCAUUGCGGGCGUCUGCAACUUCUUCCCGCUCCCGCUGUCUUAUAUCAUCGUGUCGCUCCUGUCACUGGCCAUGCCCAACUGGAGAGAUUUGCAGCUUACCUUGUCGCUGCCGGGAUGUCUAUUACUGUUGUUAUGGUUUGUGCUACCUGAAUCACCCAGGUGGCUACUGAGCAUGGGAAGAAAACAGGAAGCCAAAGAGAUUUUACAAAAAGCAGCCAAAUUCAACGGACGCGAUGUACCCGCUGAUCUGGACAAAGUUCUAAUGCUGCACAAAUCGCAGCCUCGAGAUGAAGAGCCGAGUGUAAUGAUGUUGUUUAGGGGUUAUCUGCUGAAGAGAACAGUUUGCCUGUUCCUAGCUUGGUUCGCCAUGACGAUUGCCUAUUACGGGCUUUUACUCAACAUCGGCAAUUUCAAUUUGGGUAAUUUACACGUCACUUCUAUCAUACUAGCUGUGGUGGAAAUACCGGCGAUAGCGAUUAGUAUACCCAUAUUACUGAAAGCAGGGAGAAAGAUUCCUAUAUUCAUAAGUAUGCUCGCUUGUGGAUUGGCUGUCGUAGCCAGCGAAAUAUUCUCCGUUUCCCUGAACGAUGAUUGGAUCAUGAUAGUGUGCCUCAUGAUCGGGAAAUUUGCGAUCGGAUCGACGAACAUGAUGCUGCCUAUCUUCACGGCGGAACUGUACCCAACUGUGAUCAGAAACCUCGGUGUUGGUGGUAGUCAAAUAGCAGCUGGGUUGGCGCUCAUUGGCAUCCCGUACUUAUGGAAAUUGACUAUAUUCAGUGACCAUUUACCUAUGGUAACGAUAGCAGCUCUUGGUACUUUCGGUGGAGCCGUAGUACUGCUCUUACCCGACACUGUCAAAACUAACGCGCCUCCGCCUCAAGUUGACAAUAAAAUGCCAGCUUUCGAUAGCAAUUCACCGUGCAACGGAACAUUUACACUCGCGGACGACAGAGGGCAUUAGCGGCAAAUCAGUGUUUCAAUUGUUACCUAACUGUGCUGUGCUGUGGUAAUAAAUAAUAACAUUGAAUAUCUGCCAAGUGCAGAUAUAGUGAGAAAGUUUUCGAAUUUAAUACGGAUAAGUAUUAGUCAUAGUUCAUUCCCGAGGCAUUAUGCGACUCUAAAGACAUUUGACAAUUUGCCAAGUAACUAAUCAUGUUUUUUUAUUUAUAAAAUUUUAGUUACCAUCUAUAUAUCUAUAAGUACUAUUUUUUUGUCAAUCAAUAGUACCUGGUUGAAAAUUGAUUCCAGGGUAUUUAAAAAGUAUAAGUUAGUUUGUGCAAUAAAAUGUGAACAUGAUAUAAUUAUACACAUAGGUAAUUAAAACCAGUAUUCCUAAGGUUUACACGUGUAUAUUUUUACAAUUUAAAUUAGACCAGGGGCGGUUUAUGCACUAGGCCCGCUAGGCCCGAGCCUAGGGCGCCGUGGCAGAAGGGGGCGCCACGGGCCGAUAAAUUUGAAAGAUUAGAAGCGAGAAAGCGAACGUUUUAAUCGGGUCCACUCAAACGUCAAUAUCGCCAAUAUAAAAUAUAUAUAUGCUCCAUUCCUACCCACAAACCUACAUAAUAUAUGUAUGAUUGAAAUUCUGUUUCCGCUAAAUUAUUUUUGAAAUACACUCCCGCUCAAAAGUAUGGGUUCACUUCUCGAAAUUUUCAGCUUCGGUAUAAGUUCCAUAUCUUGGUGGAAAAAGGUCUUAAGAGAAUUUAAUGAGCACCGUUUUGAAGGGGACAGUUUUAGCUUCACUUUGCCAUUUUUUAUAAUUUUUUACAAUUUUUUUAUAGUCCCCACGCGCUUUUGAACAUGGCAGUUUUUUGAUGUUUUUUUGCCCACUGGAAACGGGCUGUCUGGCUGUUAAAAAAUUUUCCUUACAAUUUCAUUCAUCGCAGUUUCAAAGAGGAUAUUAAACACUGCAUUUUUGUUUUUGAAAAAGUAUCGUGCGAUUUUUUUUACCAAAAAUAUUCUAAUUUUCGACAAAAAUUGAUAAUUUUAUUCAAUUCGGCGAAUCUUGAAAACGGCGGGUGAUCGAAGAAAAUAGCAAGGGGGUUUAAAGUUGCAAUAGAUCAUGAUGGACAUGGUAGAUUUAUUUCAGAUUUUUUUUCCGACAUUUGUUUUUUCAUACUCUUGCAGUCGAAAUGAUUUAAAUUUUCUCAUGAUUUUUUCUUUUUUUUAGACGGCGCAGGCAUUUCUUUUAUUGGUUUUAUAACCAUCUUGACGUAAUUUUUACUAAAAAUCAAAUUUCGCACAAUUUUUUGUACGUUUUUUUCAUUUAAAAAAAAUAAUUUUUAGUUCAAAUUACGUCAAGAUGAAGAUGAAACCAAUAAAAGCAAUGCCUCAGCCGUUUAGAAAAAAGAAAGAAUCAUGGGAAAAUUAAAAUCAUUUCGACUCCACGAGUAUGGAAAAACAAAUGUCGGAAAAAAAAUAUGAAAUAAAUCUACCAUGUCCAUCAUGAUCUUUUGCAACUUUUCACCCUCUUGCUAUUUUCUUCGAUCACCCGCCGUUUUCAAGAUACGCCGAAUUGAAUAAAAUUAUCAAUUUUUGUCAAAAAUUAGAAUAUUUUUGGUAAAAAUUAUCGCACGAUACUUUUUCAAAAACGAAAAUGCAGUGUUUAAUAUCCUCUUUCAAACUGCGGUGGAUAAAAUUGCAAGGAAAAUUUUUUAACAGACAGACUGCCCGUUCCCAGCGGACAAAAAAACAUCGAAAAACUGCCAUGUUCAAAAGCGCGUGGGGACUAUAAAAAAAAUUGUAAAAAAUUAUAAAAAAUGGCAAAGUGAAGCUAAAACUGUCCCCUUCAAAACGGUGCGCAUUAAAUUCUCUUACGACCUUUUUCCACCAAGAUAUGGAACUUAUACCGAAGCUGAAAAUUUCGAGACGUGAACCCAUAUUUUUGAGCGGGAGUGUAUAAAAAUCAUUUAUUCUAGCCUGUGCUUUUUCAACUAUUUUAUGGAGAGGGGAGAGGGGGCGCUAAUUUCGUCAGGCCUAGGGCGCCCGUUUUCGUAAACCGCCCCUGAAUUAGACUAAGAAUGUAAAAUUUAAAAAAUUGUUUCUAUUAAGAUAGAUAGAUUUUGUUAAUAUGACUUCUGUAUUGCAAAAUACAUAUUCUGUAAUGCAAUAGUGACAACAUCGUUUUGAAUAUUUGGAAGAUUUUAUUAAAAUCCUGCGAUAACCCGAACAUCGAAGUGGAGUGAAACAUUACACGAAUUAAAUAUGAAACAAAUUACAAACUUCGUAGAAUCCAACUUCAGUUAUUGAAAUUUAUCUAUUAAUACGUAAAAAAUAAACAUAACUUAAUUAUAUUACUUAUAGUAAAAAAGCUUUAGUUUAAAAACAAGCUUUAAUUGCGUGUAAAAGAACGAAUUCAUUACAAAUAAUUUUAAUCUGAUAAGAAAUAUACCAUUUUAUAUGUGAAUUGGGUAUAUGCAUUUUUUUUAAAUUUAAGCGCACUGAUACUUUAUUUUUCAUAACAGCAACAUGUCACGCUUUUAUUUCAGAAUGGGAUAUAAUUCAGGUACCUAUAAAAUGGUAUACUUAUUUCUUAUUUAAAUUAUUUAUAACUGUUUGAUCUUUUUAAAAACAAGUAAUAAACCUUGUUGUUAAAAAUAAUAUGUUUUUCUUUAUAUUUAUUUUUAACUUUUUAGUAUGUAUAUUAUGUUUACACAUCCUCAUACCGAUGAAUGCCAUUAUUAUACUCUUUAUUGCAUCAUAUAGUUCUAAACAAAGUCAAAUACAUAGUUAUCAAAGGUGGGCUUAUCUCUAAAAGAGAUCUCUUCCAGUCAACCUAUGUGGUGUCGAAGAUUCCAAACUCGGGAAAUAGAAAGUGCAAUAAAAAUACUAUAAUAAAUACUUUAUAUGUUUUUAAAAUAGUUUCAAAUACUCAUUGUUAUUUUAUAAUUUUUGCGAUGUUGUUCCUAUUGCCAAUUGUUAUUAGUACCUGUUUUUAAUGUUUGUACAAAAUAUUUAUUGUCCUUUAAACAAUAGUUAAUACAUAUGUUAUUAGAUAUAGUUAAAAAUAAGAAUAACUUUAAUGUUCUAUCGGCAAUAUUGUGAAUACAGAACCACGACGAUGGAUAUUUUAUCAAAAAUCAUUUCUUUUAAGUUCUAACAAGUUAACAAUUAAUAUUACUUGUAAUUAGUAAUACAAAUGGGUCAAGUAAUUAUAAUAUAGGUCCAUGUACUUACAUUAGAAACUAGAUAUUUUACGUAAGUCUCAAUAUUUUGUCGAAUUUGUAGAUUUUUGAAACAAUUGUUUAUUAUUGAUUAAUUAUACUUAGUUCAUUACAAAAACAUUUUAGUAAAACCAGUUCCGUCUACGAGAAACUAUCAAUUACAUAAUUUUGUAAUAACGUGUUGUUUUUUUUAAUACCUCGCCAUAAUCGUUUCACUUAGUUCAUGUUUAAACGUGAGCCUGUUUGGAUGAGAAAUUACUACUGUAUUCUUAUUAAUAUUUAAGGAAACUGCUAUUUUGCCCUUAUAAGCUUGUAUAGAUGAAAUCAAUAUUUUCUACAGAACGGUAAAAAAA